AUGGGUAAUUGGGAAAGUAAAGAGCCUGUUAAGAUUGAAGAUUAAUAGAUAGUGAAAGCUACAUAUGUUACAAGAGAUCUAUAAAGCGGUGGUAUUUCUAAAUACUUACCUGUUAAACACGCAGGAAUUUUAGUUGAAACCAAAGAAGAAAAAUAUAUUAUUCAUCAUUUAGGACCUGAUAAAGAUGUUGAAACAGAAUUAUAUAAUGAUGUAAGAAGCUAAAAAUGGAAAGCAGAUAAGAGGAUUAAAGUUAAUAAUAAUACAACUAUAAAAGAAGCAGAGAAAAUUGGAGGUAAAGGAAAAGGAUAUUGGAGAAAUUGCACUUGCAUUGGAGUGGCUUUCAAGAUUUGGUCAGGAUUGUAAUCAGGAUGA